GACAAUGUGGUGCGCAGUUUUAAGUACUCCCCUCUGACCUUCCUACCCCUCACGCUGUACGAACAGUUCCAGCGAGUAGCCAACCUUUACUUCCUCCUCAUGGUGGUGAUGCAGUGCUGAGUGAACAGUGCUUUUUUCGGUCAGUUCGGUUUCGGUCCAAUUUUUAAAACAUAAUUAGGGUUUUUUGAUUUUGGUUUUGAUAUUUUUUAUUAACAUUAAAUGCAGUAUGAAAUAAUGACAUUAAAAUGACUUUAGAGCUUUUUAAUGGAAAUUCAAAAUCCGAAAAUAGUGAACAUUCAAAUUUAAAAUACGAAAAUAGUGAACAUUCAAAUUUAAAAUGCGAAAAUAGUGAACAUUCAAAUUUAAAAUACGAAAAUAGUGAACAUUCAAAUUUAAAAUACGAAAAUAGUGAACAUUCAAAUUUAAAAUCCUAAGUAUGUCUGACAAAAUAAUUGUACUAAUUCUUCAAAGUAGAUGAGGCAUACUAUCACAGACGUCUCUAUUCCUCUCAUUGUUGUGUUGUGUACGUUCCUCUCUCAUGCGUUCUAUGUGGUGUGUCUAUCUAACCUAAUGUAGCAGGUGUAAAAGUGUAUCCGUCUCUGUCCGAGCAGGAAAGAACAGGCACAAUGGAUUAUGGUCAUUGAAGGCAAUUACCACAUUUCUGUACUGAACUAGGUUGAAUAUUUGCUUAAUGUGAACUACAACUUCCUUCAGUCCAGGGUCUCACAUAGUUUUUGACUUGAUUCCUCUCGUAAUUAGAUUUCUCUAUAGAGAAACGGCUCGUCGGGCUCACAAAAAAAAAACGAAAUGGUAUUCAAGUAAUUGAACCAACGUCGGUCAAUUAGUUGCUUAAUAACAACAACGAUAAAAAAUCUUGGUUAAUCGCUCAGCACUAGAGUGCAUGCAUAUGUGCAUGUGUGUGUGUGUUUCCAGUGUGUCCCUGCCAUCUCGUCCAUCCCCUGGUACACCACCACCAUUCCCCUGGUAAUAGUGCUGUCAGUACGGGGGCUUAAAGACCUGGCCAAUGACCUGGCCAGGAGACGCAGUGACUCUCAGAUUAAUAGGCGACCCAGUGAUGUCCUCAUCUCCCAGAGUUUCAGCCCAUCCCAGUGGAAGGAUGUGUGUGUGGGAGAUGUGUUGCGGAUUCACAAAGACCAGAUCAUCCCGACAUCUUCUCCUUCUGUAUCCCUUGUAGGCAGAUCUACUGCUCCUCUGCAGCUCUGAGCCACACAGCCUGUGCUACGUAGAGACAGCUGACAUUGAUGGAGAGACCAAUCUAAAGUACCGGCAGGCCCUGGACGCCACCCACACAGGGAUGACCUCUGACCCCACAGAACAGACCCUGGCUGCCUUCGAUGGCAUUGUGUUGUGUGAGGAGCCCAACAGCCAUCUGUACACCUUCCGGGGGGAGCUCCGCUGGAGAGGAGAGCGCCACCCUCUGGACAGUGAACACAUCCUGCUGAGAGGAACAGUACUUCGAAAUACAGACACAGCCUUUGGCAUGGCCAUAUACACUGGCUCAGAUAGUAAAAUCCUUCGUAACGUUGGUCGGCUCAGAGUCAAGAUGACUCAGAUGGAGAAGGUCCUGAACAAAGUUGUCAUUGGGAUAGUGCUGUUCCUACUGCUGAUGGCUCUACUGCUGGCUGUGGGGUCGGGAGUGUUUCAAGGGCGUGUGUCCUCCCAAAUAGAGGUUCUGUCUGCCCUAACGAGGGGCAACUCGCCCAUCUACACAGCCUUCCUCACCUACUGGAGCUAUGUGAUCCUGCUCAGCCCUGCCAUGCCCAUGUCUCUCUACAUCACGUUUGAGAUGAUCCACGUGCUGCACAGCCUGUUUAUAGGCUGGGAUGUAGAGAUGCGAGGAGGGGUGGAGAGGUCCAUCCCUGCCCAGGCCCGGAACACCUCUCUGAAUGAGGAACUGGGUCAGGUGGGUUAUCUGUUGAGUGACAAGACAGGCACCCUCACCCAGAACCGCCUGCUCUUCAGACAGUGCUGCAUUGCAGGGGACGUCUAUGGUGAUGCGUCAAUCAGUGCAGAGGAAUCACAGACAUUAGACCUGAGCUGGAACCCGUUCUCCUGUGGGGGUCUGUAUCUGUCUGACCAGCGGCUGGUGGACAAGUUGAGGGGGCAGCAGUGCACACUGAGCAGACAGUUCUUCACCACACUGGCACUCUGCCACACCGUCAUGACCGAAUGGAAGAACGGGGGCCCGGUGUACCAGGCUGCGUCUCCAGAUGAAGAGGCCCUGGUGGGGGCAGCCAGGGAGCUGGGCUGGGUCUUCCUCUCCAGGACCAGGGACUCUCUGACAGUCAGUGAGCUGGGCCUCAAACGCCACUACCAGCUCCUCACUCUGCUGGACUUCACUAGCCAGAGGCGACGCAUGUCUGUACUGGUGCGGGAGCCAGAGGGAGGGCUGAAGUUAUACUGUAAAGGUGCUGACAUAGUGAUCCUGGAGAGACUACAAAAAGACUGUCCACAUCUGGAGAGCACUGAGAGAGCCUUAGAUCUGUUUGCCCAGUCCUGUCUGAGGACUCUGUGCAUAGCUGAGCGUACUGUAUCUGAGGCCAAAUGGGAGGAGUGGAGCAAAACCAUGGCCCAGGCUGCCAUGACAACCCGUAACCGUGAUGACAUGCUGGAACAGCUGCAUGACGACAUGGAGAGAGAUCUAAAGCUGCUGGGCGUGACAGCUAUAGAGGACCGGCUGCAGGACGAGGUCCCUGAGACCAUCUCCAUGCUCAGACAGGCUGGACUCAAAGUCUGGGUGCUGACAGGGGACAAGAAAGAGACAGCGGUGAACAUAGGGUAUGCCUGCAGACUUCUGGAUCCUGAUACCAGACUACUAGAAGGGGAUGAACUGAGGCAGCUCCUCCAGUCUCCUGAUCCAGAGAUUACUUUCUCCAAGGGCAAAGAGACAGAGCUGUGGUGUGUGGACAGGGAGAGGGCUGGGGAGAAAUCAGCACUGGUCCUCACCGGCCCUGAACUGGCGGAGUUUGAUGCCAGGCCAGAGUGGGGUGCUAGGUUCAUGUCCCUGGCAGGGCUGUGCCAGUCAGUGCUCUGUUGCCGUGUGACUCCCGGCCAGAAGGCUGAUGUGGUCACACUCGUUAGGAAAAACACCACCUCCAUCACCAUGGCAAUAGGUGACGGUGCCAACGACGUGAACAUGAUCAAGACGGCUCAUAUAGGGGUAGGUUUGGCUGGGGUAGAGGGGGGUCAGGCAGUUCAGAAUGCUGACUAUGCCCUGGCCAAGUUCAGUUUCCUACAGAGACUCCUAUUGGUCCACGGACGCUGGUCGUACCGCCGAAUUGCUGUCUUUCUGCGUUACUUCCUGUACAAAACCUGCAGCUUCGCUUUGGUGCACAUUUGGUUCGGCUUCUUCAACGGCUUCAGUGCCCAGUCUCUGUAUGAGAAUUGGUUCAUCAUCCUGUACACUGUGUUCUACACCGCAAUGCCAGUAGAAUGCCUGGGCAUUUUUGAGCAGGAUGUGAGUGCAGAGUGCAGUCUGAGUUGGCCGGAGCUCUACAAGGUUGGCCAGAGAGACGAGCUGUUCAACACCUGGCUGCUGGCUGCCACCCUGCUCCAUGCCCUCUACACCUCUCUGGUCCUCUUCUUCAUGCCCCUGGGGGUCUUCUACAACUCUGCCCUGGACUACCAGACCAUGGCCGUCACUGUCAGCAUAGCAUUGUUGUUCUCUGCCACCAUUGAGAUCAUUCUCCUGACCAGACACUGGACUAAGUGGAGUGUGGCUGCGAUGUGUGUCAGCUUUGGCCUGUUCUUUGUGUGUACGCCUAUCACUCACAGUCCCAAGCUAUUUGAGAAGUCCCCAGUAGACUACUACUUCCCUGGUGUGUCUCAGAAUGCCUUCCCCAGCCCGGUGGUGUGGUUCACAGCCCUGCUGACAGCCUGGACUGCUGUCCUACCCUCCUUUACCAUCCACACCCUCAACAUCAUCCUCACUAACCCAGACAAACAUAGGGUUCACAUCACCAAGCAUAGGCCUAUAGAGCUGCAGAAGUCUGGCUUCAGGAGAGGAGACUCCCACCGCCGCUCCUCCUACGCCAUGUCUCAGGGCCGAGGCAUCGGCCGUCUCAUCACUUCUGGAGCUAGUCGCCGUAUCACAGCUCCCCCAGUGGACAGGAGGGGAACUUUAGGUGAAAAUGUCACACUAGCAGGCCAAACACAGAGCGAUGAUGCGCCGAAGAAUAUUACUGAAAAUGGUUCAACCAAAUAGAUGGAAAUGGGAUUGAUAAUGUGUGUAGGUCCCUCCAUAACUACAAGAAUAAUGUAUUUUCUACAGCAGUAAAAACAUUGCAAAUAGGGCCUGUCUAUAGGGUCAUAGUUUAACCCAUGAUUUAGCCCUGGUAGUUCAGCACCUUGAACAGCAGAAUCCCAGACCGUGGUGUAACUCUUCAAACGAUGGUUGGAUGAUAUGGGAGUGGUUUGUGAGGAUGGCAUACAGAUGUACAAUCUUAAUUUGAUCACCCUGUUGCAGGAGAUACACUACAUUACCAAAUGUCAGUGUACUCCUGCUUGUAGAACAUUUCAUUCCAAAAUCAUGGGCAUUAAUAUAGAGUUGGUUCCCCUGUUGCUGCUAUAACAGCUUCCACUCUUCUGGGAAGGCUUUCCAUUAGAUGUUGGAACAUUGCCAGUCAAGUUCUUCCACACCAAUCUCGACAAACCAUUUCUGUAUGGACCUCGCUUCGUGCACGGAGGCAUUGUCAUGCUGAAACAAGAAAGGGCCUUCCCCAAACUGUUGCCAAAAAGUCCGAUGGACAUAAUCGUCUACAAUGUAAUUGUAUGCUGUAGCGUUAAGAUUUCCCUUUACUGGAACUAAGGGGCCUAGCCCGAACCAUGAAAAACAGCCCCAGAUCAUUAUUCCUCCUCCACCAAACCUUACAGUUGGCACUGUGCAUUUGGGCAGGUGGCGUUCUCCUGGCAUCCCCCAAACCCUGAUUCAUCUACUGGACUGCCAGAUGGUGACGUGUGACUCAUCACUCCAGAGAACGCGUUUCCAAUGCUCCAGAGUCCAAUGGCGGCGAGCUUUACACCACUCCAGCCGACGCUUGGCAUUGCGCAAGGUGAUCUUAGGCUUGUGUGCGGCUGCUCGGCCAUGGAAACCCAUUUCGUGCAGCUCCCGACUAACAGUUUUGUGCUGACAUUGCUUCCAGAGGCAGUUUGGAAUUUGGUAAUGAAUGUUGCAUUUGCACGCGCUUCAGCACUCGAUGGUCCCGUUCUGUGAGCUUGUGUGACCUACCACUUUGUGACUGAGCCGUUGUUGCUCCUAGACGUUUCCACUUCAAAAUAACAGUACUUACAGUUGACCAGGGCAACUUUAUCAGGGCAGAAAUUUGACAAACUAACUUGUUAGAAAGGUGGCAUCCUAUGAUGGUGCCACGUUGAAAGUCACUGAGAUCUUCAGUAAGGCCAUUCUACUGCCAAUGUCUGUCUAUGGUGCUUGCAUGGCUGUGUGCUCGAUUUUAUACACCUGUCAGCAACGGGUGUGGCUGAAAUAGCCGAAUCCACUAAUUUGAAGGGAUAUGCAAAUAUUUUUUAUAUAUACAGUACUGCAUUUCCUGUAAUGCUGAAAAUGCAUAACUUGUAGUGUAUUUGAGGUUUAAAAUGGCUUCUGAAGUUUGUAAUUUACCUUAUGAAAUAUGUAUCAACUCCUACAAAAAUGUCCAUUAAUUAUAUAAUCCACAUAAUAUUUCACAUUUCCUGUUGUUGCAGGAUUAUUUUCCUGCUGUGCAAACUGUCUCAAAUUAAAAUCCUACAUUUGUAUGUUU